AAUUAAAUUUCGAGAAUGUUCCUAAUACUAUUACUGGUGCUAGUGGUUCUGAUAGCAGUGAUUUUAAGACGUAAUAGUGACUAUUGGAAGAAACGUGGCAUAGUUCAAGAGGACGGUGUGAUCUGGAAGUUUGUGUUCGGAAAUUGUUCACUUGCAGAAGUUUAUAAGAGCGUUUACGAUAAGUACUCAGAGCCGAAUGUCGGAAUAUUUCUCGCUUCCAAACCGGCGCUGCUACUUAGAGACUUGGAAAACGUUCAAACCGUUCUAGCGGGUGAUUUUCAAAGUUUCUACAGCAGAGGCAUUUCUUUUAGUCCUGAUGACAAACUGGCUGACAAUGUACUCUUUAUCGAAGAUUUUGGGAGAUGGAAAGUUAUAAGACAAAAAAUAUCACCCGUCUUCACUACAGCUAAACUAAAGAAUAUGUUCUAUAUACUCGACAGAUGCGCCAGAGACUUUUCGGAGAAUAUCGCAGAUCAUGUCGAUUUUAAGAGGAAACCAUUCAACUGUCUUUACACCUAUACAGCUGCGUCGAUAGGUGCAUCAGUCUUCGGUAUUGAUACUAAAACGAAAAACACGAUGGAUUCGCCAUUUCUGGAUAUGACUUCGCAAGCCACAUCGCCAAGCUUUAUUGGUAACCUUCUAUUUACCUUUGCAAAUACAUUUCCUACAUUUUUCAAAUAUUUAGGCCUAAAGGCUUUUGGUCAAUAUGAGAAAUUCUUCAUAGACGUUGUGAGAAACGUCAUGGACAGCAGAAAGAAAGAUACUGUGAACAGGCACGACUUUAUAGACAUCUGUUUACAGAUACAGGAACAAGGAAUCAUGAAAGAUUCGACAACUGGAUAUGAAUUGGAACCUUCAGUGGAAAUUUUGGCUGCGCAAGCAUUUUUUUUCUUCGUAGCCGGUGUUGACACGUCUGCGACGACUUUGCAUUUUACUUUAAUCGAAUUGUCAAACAAUCCUGAUAUCCUUAACAGAGUUCACAAAGAAAUUGAUACAGUGUUUGAAGGAUGUGAUGAUAAGCUAACAUAUAACGACGUAGAAAAACUACAGUAUUUAGAAAUGGUAGCAAAUGAAGCAAUGAGGAAAUAUCCACCAAUAGGAUUGAUUCAAAGAAAAUGCACUAAACCAACUACAUUGCCUGUUGGUAAUGUUAAGUUGCUCGAGGGUGACUUAUGCAUUAUUCCCGUUUAUGGAAUACACAGAGAUGAAAGAUAUUAUCAAAAUUCUGAACUUUUUGACCCUGAAAGGUUUUCUCCGGAGAACAUUUCAAAGUUGCCGAAGUUUGGUUAUCUUCCAUUUGGCGAAGGAAACCGAAUUUGCUUAGGAUCAAGAUUCGCCCGUCUUCAAGUUUUGGCGGGUCUGGCUUGGCUACUCCAUCGAUACACGUUGGUGCCGCAAACGCUGAAAUUGGAACGGUUCGAGAAAAGCGUUUUCAGUUUAAGGGUACCUGAUAGUCGAUAUGAUUUAGUUCCAAGGAACUAAAGAUUUCUUGUAAAAUAUGAUGAUGAUGUUAAGCGACAAUGUGAUCAGUGAUGUUAGGUGAUUGUCCAGUAAACGUCUAUUUACUCUAAACUUUAUUAUUCUUACUUAGGGCUGUUGCAAAUAUUAGCAUCUGCGUUCGCAUUCGCAGAAUCUGCAUAAAUUAAAAUAUCCGCAUCCGCAUUAGCCUCUGCAUUGAUUAAUGGCGAUAUUCAUUGCGGAUGUUAGAGUCGCGACAUGACUUAAAAGAUACGCUGGAAUAAUUUCCAAACCUUUCAGAAACAGACUGCAAGCUGAAAAAGCUACUCAGCUGAUGUUUUUAAAAUAUAACAUUGGUAAAAUUCUAUUACGAUUACGCUGGCAAAUUGAUUGUUUUUUUGUAGAUUGAUUCUCUUAUUAAUAA